GGAGCAAAGUCUGGGGUCUUGGUAGURAGUUUCUUUCUGUGGAGUCCCAGAGCCUGGAUGCUCCUGGGGCAAAAAGACAUCGAAAGGCAGAAGUGCUGACAGUGAUGGGAGGUUCCCUGCCCAAAGAGGAAGCCUCCUGCAUCUCAUGAGGAGAUGUGUCUAUUUCCUUCCGGUUUCUGCAAGUCUUGCAGUCGGAUACGGAUGCCUGCACUCAGAGGCAGYGAGCGGGGCUGAGAUUUCAGUUCUAUCUGGGGACUUCACGCUAGGAUGGCCCUGCAGUCGCUGGCUCUGAGGUUUCUCCUGGCUCUUGCAUCUCUGCUGUCAGCACAGGGCCAGGAAGACCUUGGUUUCAACACCCAAGUAGUGCCCCAAGGAACAGAAAUGUGCCAAAGGCCCCAGUGGGAUUCCAGACUCCAGCUGGCACCAGACAAGGAGUAUUACAAGAAGAACGAAGAAGUGAUGCUGAGCUGCCCUGAGGGUUUCCAGCCACCCUUCACCCAUGUCAAAUGUGGGAGUGAAGUCCAGUCCAUCAGUCAUGGGAAACCUAUAUACAGAGAUGUCUGGAGUAGAAAAGACUCCAGAGGUUCCUGGGUCCGCAUUCGGUCCAGCAUGGUAUGCAGAGAUGUCCUCCAGGUCAACCAUGAGACCCUGGAGGUUUCCAGCACCAGCAUCAAACUGAACUGGACCUGCAGRUUCCCUGAYGCCUGCCAGGGCAUAWGGGCCAUGUGCCGGCUGUCAGUGCCUUCCUCUCCUUCCUGUGAGGCUGAGGAGGUGAAUGGAGAGCAGAUGUUACAUGGCCARGAGGGAACAUUCACCUGCUCCYCUUUGCAGCCCUUCACUGAGUACAGYGUCACCAUGGAAUUUUCUCCCAACACAACCCUUUUCUCAUGGGUGYUCAGGACAGGGGAAGCAGUGCCGGACAAAGUGGAGGASCUGUGGCUGGAUCCKGASAGCGGCUCUCUCAGGUGGAAGGCGCUGUCCUCCUGCAAAGGGAAGAUCAYUGRAUAYSAGCUGAGCAUCACUGUCAGGAACGCGKGGGACAGCAGCGCGCUGGAGACGGAGCUGCGGCGCCUGGAUGGCUCYGUCACCGAGUACCGRCUGCCGGAGCGCAGCCCUGCCAGCAGCUACGCGGUGACGAUCCGGGGUCUGACGCUUGCUGGAGCCGGCCCUGCGCUGAUGAAGGAGUUUCAGGCCAGCAGCUCCGACAMCCCGCACCCGCUGGACAUCAGCUGCCGCAGCGCCCGCGACAUCGCCCCAUCCCAAGGGACGGCCGUGCUUGCCCUGAGCCCCAUCGCCCCUCCGCCCGAGGCGGUCCUGGGACACCAUCUGAUUGUGGCCGCGACGCAAAACAGCUCCGUGAUCAAGAGCAUCUGCGCGGGGCAGCUACCGUUCCUCAAUAACAGCAUCUACGUGGCCGCUCAUCUCAACCUCACCGCCCCCAGGGAUUUCGUGCUGGGCGAUGGGAGCCACGGGUUCCAGUACCACAACCCCACCCUGCACCCGGGCUGGGACUACUCGGCCGUGCUGCUCCUCGAACGCCCCUUGCCGCAGCAGGUACAGAAGCUCACCUGUGUCUGCUACAGCUUCUCCCUUGCUUCAGGGCAGACUGCUGGCCAGUGGCAUGGGAUUGUGAUUGGACUGGUUGUGCUGUUGGCAGUCCUCCUCAUGGCUGCAGUCAUCCUGUGGCUGGUGCUCUCCAGGAAAAAGAAGUAUUUGCCCAACAGAAACUAAUGAGGAUAACUAAAAAGGAAAAUGUGGCUGGGCUGGAGAUCAGUCACUUCAGCCCCAGCCAGGACCAUGGAGACAUCCAGAGCAAUGAGGAAGUAGAGAAAAUGGGAAGGAUGAUCCCAGCUCAGUCCUGAUGGCUGCCAUGUCCCCUGCGUUUCCUGUGAUUGUGACCAGCAUGGGGGCCCCAUGCAAUUCAUCCAUUUCAACAGGGCAAGAGGAAAACAGGAAGCCAAGGAGGGUUGUGAGCUUCUGCAUUCCUCAACUCCUUCACCUCCCAGCUUUUGCUUACUGCUUUUGUAAGGUCUUUGAAAUUGGGUUUCUGCAGUUCCUUUUUUAAAAUUUCCCUUCACUUUUGCUAUUCUGGAAGCAGGAUUUGUAUGCCAGAUUUCCCAAUCACACAGGCUAGGUUGAUGCUAUUCUCCUAUGGUGCUCUGGCUUCCCAGCCUUCUGCCCUCUCUGCUGAUAUCAGCCAAACACAGGGCUUUGCUUGGCCUGGCUGGACUGCUUUAUGACUGUGACUGUACUGCCUGGACAACGAAUAAAAGCUUAUGGUUUGAAGGGGCUGCCUGU